ACGCCGGGAGCCUGUCAUGGGGCGGGAGGAGGAGGCGGUGGCCGAGCGGGGAGGCGCCUGGGGCAGCCUCCAGGGUCCGCUCUGCCAUUCCUGAACUGGUCCGGGUCCCCGUGACCGUGGCUUCAGGGAAGCGAACUGUUAGGCGAAGGAGGAGGCAGUCAGAGCCAUAUCCCCUUCUUCCCCCGGGCGGGGGCCGGGCCUGGCCCGCUGAGGACGGGGAGGGCCGGGAGGGCGUCGGGCCGGGCCGGCCUGUCUGCGGAGAUGGAUGACAGCAAGGUGGUUGGAGGCAAAGUGAAGAAGCCUGGUAAGCGAGGACGGAAGCCAGCCAAAAUUGACUUGAAAGCGAAACUUGAACGAAGCCGGCAGAGUGCGAGAGAAUGCCGGGCCAGGAAAAAGCUGAGAUACCAGUACUUGGAGGAGUUGGUAUCCAGUCGGGAAAGAGCUAUAUGUGCACUCCGAGAGGAACUGGAAAUGUACAAGCAGUGGUGCAUGGCAAUGGACCAAGGGAAAAUCCCUUCUGAAAUAAGGGCCCUACUCACUGGCGAGGAGCAGAGCAAGCCUCAGCAGAACUCAAGCAGGCAUCCCAAAGCUGGGAAGACAGACGCUAACACCAACUCGUUGGUGGGGAAUUGAACCUGUGGCUUCAGAUACGAUGAGGUGAAGAUCAUAUAAAAGGCAGUCAGUGAUCAAAGCCAAUGGUGUGAUGUCUAUGGAGGACGAAUGGGGCAGGACUUUGCUUCUUGGCUCCAUUUUCCGCUUACGCUCAGUAACCAUCUCUGUAAACCCAAAGUUUCUACCAUAAUGUGUGACGAUGCGUCAGGAAGGUCCUCGAGCAGCGCUUAGACUUGCCGGCCGACCUUCAGACAGACCUGCUCUGUGUCGCUCACCACGUCGGUUAACAGUCGUGAUGCCGAGCCCGCGGGGGCAGAGGAAGUGGAUGGAAGCGCACGUUUGCACCUUAGCCCUGUGGCUUUCAUGGUUAAUUUCUACUUGUCCUAUGUAAUUGAUAGAUUUGUGUGUAUGUGUGUUUAGUUGUCACUUCUUUUCUUGUUUUUAAUCACCCUACGAAAAGACACCAAAUAGGCUAUUUGUCUCCCAUAGUUCUCAGCCUUUAUGGACCCACUUUCUAGUUACUUGAGUAAUGUUUGCUUGUCUGUGAGCCAUUCCAGCAUAAGCUGUGAGUAUGUAUUAACAGAUAUACACAUUUCUAUUUUUAUAACCCAUAGUGAUAUGCCUGUUUUAAAGAAUGUCCAUAACAAAGCCCAACACAAGGCCCCUGACAGCCUCAUUUUGCUCUUUCCUUUGACUGUAUUUAUGAAAGCUGGCUAGGGCCAAAUCCAUGCUUGGAGAAUAAUUAGCCACAGUUUAUUUCUCUUAGUAGCAUCCGUUACCUUAAUCUGCAGUCUGUGUGACAUGGUUUCUGCUGUAUGUCUCCAUGUACACACAUUUGCUUGUGCACUCAGCUGAGGCAUGGGGUUUUUCUUUUUUUUUUUUUUUUUUUUUUUUU